AUGUAUGUUGAAAUAGAUAGCACAAGCCUUACAUCCACAACUCCAACUGAGGUGUAUGCAGAUCUCCGUUUUCUUGUCUUUAGCAAAAAGGAAAACAAGUACUUUACUAAUCAAGAUGUGGAAUCUAGGCCGUUCAAUUCACUAAGAACGAUGUGGGGAUUGCCGCAAGUGCUUGCCCUUGGUACAUUCAAUGAUCGUGAAAACGGAUACCUCUUUGAUGGAGAUCACUGUGAGUUUGGUGUUGAUAUCACUGUUGUUCCACCUCCAACCAACUGGGAAAUCCUCUCUUUUGAUGAGGAUCUUCCUUAUCCAAAGUUUUCUUGGACUGUUAAGAAUUUCUCGGAUAUAAAAGAGAAUCCUCACGCGUCAGAUAGCAUUUUAAAGGAAGGAAGGAAAUGGGUUCUAAAGCUGUAUCCCAAGGGUUACUCUUCACCACAUGGUAAAUGGUUAUCCAUUUUUCUGUAUUUAGCUGAUGGUGAAAAUAAGGAAGAUAAAAAUAUUUAUGUGGAAGCAGAUGUGAAAGUUGAAGACCCGCGUGGAUCCAAUCACUUAAUACGCAAUCUUAAUUGUUGGUUCGAAGAUCAAGGCUGGGGCUAUGGUUGGGAUCACUAUGUCUGUAUAGCUGAACUUCGAAAGUCUUACUUGGACAAGGAAGACACUUUGAAAGUUAAGAUCGAAUUUAAAGUUGUUUCUGCGACCAAAUAUUCUGCCUUUACCUAA